UCAGGUCAGCGGGUGACAAUGGUGAUUCGGUAGUUUCCAAUUUAAAUUUCGAAUCUGAAUUUAUUUUAAAAAUUGCCAUGAGUGCGAUUUUUAACAAAGUGUAAGUGUCGGUUUUACUCGUAAUACUGUCCGGAAAAAAUACGAACACCAUGAAUGAGAAAGUGCAGCUAGAAAAGACCCUCGGUCUCCCACCCAUGGAGCUGGCUGAAGGAACCACUUACAUCAAAAGAGAAAGCGGUUCGAACAUCGCACAGAAAUGCUUCCAUCCGUGGCUGAAGAGAGCGUUGCAGACCGUACUGCUCACUGCUUGUGCUGUCGGUACUUUCGUUGUUCUACUGCGGCUGUUACAGAGCACAGAUAAUAACAACAAAAGUACAGAGAUAAUAGUAGUCACUGGGUUACGUGAUUCGCCAAACAUAACAGUCCAACAGCAUAAUUUCGAGAUCAUUCUUCAACUACGAAACAAAACUUCCAAUCGUUCGAGAAGAAAACGAAGCAUCACCAGUAAACAAGAUUUGUUGGCCACAUUCAAAUUACACGAAGAGGUUGUGAAAAAAGCAAGAAAUAUUGUGAUGAAUCAUGACAAACCUUGUAACAGUGACACUCAGGAUAGCAUAUGCAGAGAUCUCGUUCAUAAACUAGAUUUGGUUACUAAAAAACGUAGUGCAGGCCAUACUAACGAGGGCUUGAAAAACCAUGAAGAUGUUUUAACUAGUGCAAGAGAAAGUGAUACUAUAAUAGAAGACGUUAAUCAUGAAGGAGAUCAUAUCAUGGAUGCCAAUGAAGGGGAAGAUCAUCAUGAUCAUGGUUUUCAAGCCAGAAGUCAAUACCCAGGCCCAGCUUACCCCAACCCAGGACCAUCGUACCCUAUAGUAGCGCCUGCUCCUAUAGCUGACACUUGUCUGUUGGCACGCCUGCUGAAACACAAUCCUCAGCAACUUCAUGGAGUUUACGAUGUACCACCCAGUUACAUACCACAUUCUCCAGUGCCGGUUCCGUACCAGCAAAUUCCUCCACCGUACCCUGAAUAUGGGCCACCAGCAUACCACGUGCCGUACCACGGUCGUGCCGUCUCAGAUGUUCAGGAGCAUGAAGAUCAUAACGUCCAUCCACAGGAUAUCGAAAUUUUGCGCUCUCAUACCACGACGCCACGCAUCACCCUUACAAACGAGUCUCUCUCCUCAACCAGAGAAGCUGACUGUCCUAUAGGUUCAGUUUCCUGUGAAGACGGAGGGUCUUGCGUGGCUCAGAAGCAGUGGUGUGAUGGCCUGGUCGAUUGUGCUGACGCCAGUGAUGAGGCCAGGUGCACUUGCAAGGCUAGAGUGGAUAAGUCCAGACUAUGCGAUGGCUAUUACGACUGUCCGUUUGGAGAAGAUGAGAUGGGAUGUUUUGGCUGCAGUGAAGACACCUUCAGCUGCGAGGACCUGGACCUGAACUCCCGCAGCAGCUGCUUCAGCCGCGAGCAGCGCUGCGACAACACCGCCGACUGCCCCAACCGCAAGGACGAGCUCGAGUGCAACCUGCUAGCCCCCAGUCUGCAUGACAAACCGAUGUUUGCAGUGUCCAAUACUGAGGGAUUUCUGCAAAGGAACUUCCGAGGUACGUGGUUCCCAGUGUGCAACAACCCUUACAUGUGGGCCCACGACGCUUGCCGCAGGGAAACGGGCCUUAUUAUCAGGCCCCCAUACAUCCAGAUGGUGCCCAUAGACCCUCGCCUCAAAGUGACGUACCUAAACACCGGCCCCGGCGGCGUGCAGAUGAGCGACAGUUGUGUGAACUCCUCAGCAGUCUACGUGACCUGCCCUGACCUGCUGUGCGGGACACGGGUGCUGACUACUCCGCAGUUCUUGAGAGAGAACGCCGCAUUCGAAAACCACCUAUUCGGACGAAACAAAAGAUUCUUACUCAGAAACCCGCGAUACUCAAUCGUCUACUUCAACCGCUCCAAGCGGCAUGUCAACAGUACUUUCAGCCGUAACUCUGUGGCUGAGGAAAAUGUGCCUUACAUUGAUGGUGGUAUAAGGGGUUGGAGAGAUAAAAGGGCUGAGACGAGGGUGGUGGGGGGCAGGCCGAGCCAGCCCGCCGCUUGGCCCUGGAUGAUCGCGUUGUACAGAAAUGGCAUGUUCCACUGCGGAGGCGUCGUCAUCAGCCAGAAGUGGGUCGUGUCGGCUGCUCACUGCGUUCAUAAGUUUUGGGAGCACUACUACGAGAUUCAAGUGGGUAUGCUGCGUCGUUUUUCAUUUUCGCCGCAAGAGUCGAACCACCGGGUGACUCACGUGAUAGUGAACCAGCACUACGAUCGAGUGGACAUGAAGAACGACUUGUCACUUCUGCGGGUGACGCCGUCGAUUCAGUUCAGUCGCUGGGUACGUCCCAUAUGUCUGCCGGGACCUGACACGGCCGGACCUGACUGGAAGUGGGGUCCGCCCUCGGGGACCAGCUGUGUUGCUGUGGGCUGGGGAGCCACUGUGGAGCACGGACCGGAUCCUGAUCAUAUGCGUGAAGUGGAGGUUCCAAUAUGGGGUCAGUGUAAACACAGAGAAGAUAGAGCCGGCAAGGAAAUUUGUGCAGGACCUGUGGAAGGAGGCAAAGAUGCUUGCCAGGGAGAUAGUGGCGGUCCACUUCUAUGCAGGAAUCCUCUGAACGCACAGCAGUGGUACAUGGCUGGCAUCGUGAGUCACGGAGACGGCUGUGCACGCAAGGGGGAACCAGGCGUCUACACCAGAGUCAGCUUGUUUGUCAAAUGGAUCAAGUUUCAUAUCUUUUCUAAAACAUUACCUGGAAUCCAACCUAAACAAGAAUGUCCUGGAUUCAAGUGUAUAUCGGGAAUAGCAAAAUGUUUACCGAAAAAAAGAAUGUGUGAUAAAAUCAUUGACUGUUUAGAUGGUGAGGAUGAAAUGAACUGCAACUUUGACUCACCUCUUCAUGGUGCUGAUAAAAAUAUGUUUAUUUCCGAGAACACAGUUGAAAAAAGAAAUAAUUUUGAAACAAAGGAAGCAGAAACUGAGUCUCCAACAGUUAAAGAUACUACUCAAGGUUCUAAAGAUAUAAUUGAAGAUACAGAUACUAGUGAAACAAAUAAUAUACGCACUGUUUCUCAUCAAGCAACAAUGAGAGAUAAUUCAGAUUCCGCUGGUACUGUUUCCCGGGGUGACAUUGAAACGAUAUCGAUAUCUGUUACAAAAGAUCCCUUAGAAUCAAGAUCAAUGAUGUUAGAUAGCCAGAAGAAAAAUGAAGAGCUUAGGGAAUCUGAUAUUCCAGAAAACUUUGACGAUUUCACAACAAUUACUACACAGUCACCCGAAAAAAACUCUAUAACAACUAUAAGUGACACAACAGAAGAUUUCAGCCAAUCAGUAGAACAUGAAACUCAAAGUGUGGAGAAUGAGAGUCAAGAAAUAGGAAUCAAAAAUCCUCAAACAAAAUCUACAACAGAGAAAAUACAUGCUGAGCAAGACAGUGAUUCGACGGAAGAGAAAGACCAUUCUAAAGAACGUAAAAUUAACAAGGAAGAUCAGGAAGCCACAGACACUACAACAACUGACUCUUCUUCUGUAGCUAAUACUGAUAUCAUAGAUUCCACUACUCAAAAAAGUACAAUUACUACUCGUAGUGAGACUGUUGAUUUGGAUGAUAAAGAAUCUAAAACCUUUUCGUUAGAUCUUCCACUUGAUGAAAGUGAUCUGACCAAUAAUCAUCAUGUCAACAAACAUGAUCAAAAUUCAGACUUAUCUUCAGAACCUGAAAGUAAAAGCAUAGUCGACAAAAUAAAAGGACUAGUGUUGGCAAAGUAUCUAGUACCCGCCAACAUAAAAAAGAAGCAUCGCGUACCAAAAUUCUUUGAAUGCAGAAGAAUUAAUCAAAGCAUUCCUUACCAUCACCGCUGCAACCACAAGGCUGACUGUGAAGACGGGACGGACGAGCUGGACUGUUCGUGUGUGGACUACGUCACUACUUUUGAUGAAAAACUUAUAUGCGACGGUGUAGUGGACUGUGCUGAUGGCCAUGAUGAACUUAACUGCUAUUCUUGCGCCGACGAUCACUUUUUAUGUAAGAAAAGCCAAACGUGUUUACCGCUUAGUUUUGUUUGUGAUAAAAAGCCACAGUGCCCUCAAGGAGAAGAUGAAUUGGAUUGCUUCGCACUGAGUAAUGGGAAAAAUAUUGAGAUUGACUUCGAUGGAAGGCCAAAAGUUGCUCUCGAAGGUUACAUUACUCGUAGAAACAGGAAUAAUUGGAAUAUAGUAUGCGAAGAUAAACUCUCUUUUGAUCGACAGGAAGCUGCUGCUUCUCAUAUUUGUCGUUAUUUGGGAUUCAGCGCAGCAAAUAGCUAUCACGUGAAAUACAUUAACAUCAAGGAUGAAAUACUCACUGAAUCAAACAAUGAUUUUAGAAGAAAACGAGAUGCAUCUUCUGUUCCCAUUAGUUUCAUGUACAGAACGGCUGAAGAAGAUUCAGACAAAGCUAGAAACAUUGUAAUAAGAGACCCUCAAGUUAUAAAAGAGCAGUGUGUCCCGAAUAUAACAAAGACUUGCAUGUCAUUAUACGUCUCAUGUGAGCUCAAUUUGUACAGUGACUUUACCGAGUUCUAUGAAUUAGAAAAUGAUAUUGCAUUUAGACAAGCUGAUGGUAAAGCGGUGAGAAGGCUAUGGCCAUGGGUGGCUAAGGUGUUUGUCGAAGGCGAGUACCGGUGUACAGGAGUGCUCGUGGAUUUAUCUUGGGUUCUUGUCAGUCAUUCGUGUCUUUGGGAUUCUAUGUUGAUUCAAAACUACAUAACAGUGGUCCUUGGUGCUCAACGGACGUUGAAAGCAACUCAUGGUCCCUAUGAGCAAAUCUAUCAAGUGAAUGGUAAAAAAGAACUUUACCACAGUAAAGCAGCCCUUCUCCAUUUGAAAGAGCCGGCAAGCUAUUCAAGAUUGGUCAAGCCAAUGGUAGUUCCUGCAGUUACCACUCACAGCGAAGAAAACGAUGCUGUUUGUGUAGCAGUCGGACAAGAUGACAAUAAUAAAACCGUCAGCGUUUUCCUGAAGGAAACUGAAGAAGGCUGUGAUUUACACAACAAAUGUUUUAAACGACACAAACCUGAGCUUAUCUGUCCGGCUGACAUGAAGUCUCGUCGCUCCUGGUCGGGCAUUGUCAGCUGUCACUCGGCGCGCGGCUGGGCCCCGGCCGCCUCGUUUGUGGAGGCCGGCGGAGAGUGCGGCUUUGGAGACAGGAUUGUUGGCGUGGAUGUUGACAACCUUGGGAGCGAGAUUAAACAUGCAUCUGGUAAAGUUCUAUCAACAUCGACGGAACAAGUGACGACAGACGCAUGCGACGGCAUCAGGUGUCGGCGGGGGAAGUGCAUCAAGUUCUCUCAACUGUGUGAUGACGUCAGGGACUGUGAGGAUGGGUACGACGAGUCUGACACCGCGUGCAUGAAGAAACAGACGGUUUGCGAGGAGGAUCCGCAUCAUAGAGGCUGUGAAUGCACAUCGGGCCAGAUGAAAUGCAAGAACGGGCGGUGCAUCGCAAAAGAGCUCUUCGGUGAUGGGAACAACGACUGUUAUGACGGAUCAGACGAGCCGGGCCGAGUCGUCACGUGUGCGCAGUACCUCUCCAGGGUUAUGCCUCUGAGACUGUGUGAUGGAGUCUUGCACUGCGAUGAUAAGAGUGAUGAAGACCCCAUGUUCUGCAAGUGCUUCUCUAAGAAGUCUUACAAAUGCGGUUCCACCGAGCACUGCGUGGCCCCGGACCUGGUGUGCGACGGCUCCCCGGACUGCCCCCACAAGGAGGACGAGGCCACCUGCAUGGCCAUCAGCGCCCCGGAAGGGACUCCGUAUGGCACUGGCGAGGUCAUCGUCCGGUCGCAUGGCGUGUGGCACUCCAAAUGCUACCCUAAAGAGAACCACACAAGGUCUGAAUUGGAAGACAUCUGCCGCCAGCUAGGCUUCAUAAGUGGGCAUGCGAAACAACUGAAAGUGGGACAAAAGUCCACUUUUCAUCCAGUGACUAAAGUGGUCCUUGAGCCGUUCACCGAGGUGGUACUGAAUAACAACACGAGGAUAAAGCUAAGGAAUAGCGACCAACCGCUGGCCAGGGCUGUGGUCAAUGAAGAUCUAGAAAAUUGCUAUCCAGUUUAUAUAGAAUGUCUAUAAUUUUAGUUUUACUUUUAGCAUAUACUUUUUUAUUGUUUUACGUAUUUUAAUAAAUUAUUUGUUUC